AACCUGACCUAUGAGAUCAUCCUGACUUUGGGACAGGCGUUUGAGGUAGCCUACCAACUGGCUCUGCAGGCCCAGCGCACCAAGCCCCACGGCGUCACCUCGGCAACGGGGUCAGAGGUCAUCGAGACCAAAUCCACACGGCCGGUGCCCAAGCCCCGGGGCAGCGUGCGGAAGUCGGCGAUGGAGCCCCUGGAGCUUGAGACUGACUCCCAAUCCCAAGGCAGCGCCACCUGGCUCGUGGACCAGAAGACAGACUCCAAGCGGACCAUCAGCACGAAGCACUAGCCCAAGGCAAACAGCAGCCAGCAUUCCUCCAAACUCCCCAGGAAGAAUCUGUGUGUCGUGUUUCUUCCACUCUCAUGCUUGAAAGUCCUUGUUGAUUAUUCUCAUGGCAGCUGUGCAGUCUUUUUUUUUUUUUUCCCCCCAUCUGGUGCUCUUCCUGUCUUAGCAGGCGUUGACCACUGUGAGGCGCUCUGAAGAACUGCUUUCCUCUCAAACCUCCCGAUUAGUGACUGGACAGGGGGAGGAGGGGGCAACGUGUGUGAUUCAGCACAACAGGGGAACUUUUUUUAUUAAGAUUUUUUUUAGAGAACUUGUCCCCUCUUGUUUUGUCCUCCUUGCACAAUUUCUGAAUCCUCUGUUUUGACUGUGGAAUAUACUUUCCGCCUCCUGCGACCUUUCCAAGUUGUUCUCGCAGAGAGAGAGAGAGAGACAGUCCUAGAAGAGGAAUUGAAUGAGCCUGCCUGGGACUGAUGUCUUCUUCUUGAUUGCAAACCCAGCUCUGUUUUUAAGUUUGCCUGGCUUAGACUGAGGCCAGCCUUUAAAAGAAUCUGGAGUUCAGCACUGUGAUUUGACCUGAAUCCUGGAUUUCCUCUAGUAGGAAGGGUGGGAAUGUUGCAGAAAACUUUUUAGAAAUGUGUAUCUUCACCACUUCAAUCAAUGCCAAGGAGCAGCAACAAAUAAGCAAACUAGAAGCCCGAUAAUGACCCAUAAACACUGUUACUGCCUCGAUCCUGCUCAUCACCUCACUGCUGAGCUUCUUACUGCAGCGGCUAAGUCCUCUCGAGCUGCAGCCAUGGAUGAAUAACCUGAUAGCAAGACGGGUCACGUCAAAACGAAACUGACUGCUAACGGAAACCGUUCCAUGUUGGUAAAGACGAGCGAGUCCACCAGCCUCUUAUUUGAACUUCAUGCAUCCACAGCGUGACUCAACACGCCCAGACUCCUCCUCCUGUUUCGUCCGAACGCACUGCGGCAUCCACUCUCCAUGUUCACGUUCCAGGAGAGGUUCACAAAGCGUCGGCUUGUGCUCAAUGCGAGACGUUUCCUGGACACCACAGUGCAGCGUAUUCUAGCUUUAAGUUGUAUAGCAGCGACUGAGAAAAGAUGGGUGCGGUGGAAAAUCGAUUGAACAAAAGGGUGAUGAUUGUUGUUUUAGGCUUUAGUUUUUCAUUCUGUCUGCGGGGUGCCUAAAGACGAACAGGAGGCCUUCUCUGAACACUGUCGCAUGUGUGUCGGGGUGACCUGGGUGGUGACACGCGCCCCAGCUUCCCCGCUGGCUGCUGUCGGCUUGUCAAGUCUUCGGUCUGGUCAGCUCUUUGUGCUCCCAGAAGGCCGUCCUGCCUUGUCGAGGAGCUACACGUGGAUGUGUCAGAGGUCAAAGAGUACACGUGUAGGAUGUUGGGUGAGCCAGGCACUAAACUAUAAAGUGGGCCAAAACUAUCCAGUGCUCCUGAACGUCAGUAGACACAGAACUGCGGCAGUGACAGCGGGGGUUGAAUCUGUGAGGGGGCUCUAUGCUUCAGGAUUAUAUCAUAACCAUCCUGAUUUGCAUCACUCCAUCCUUCUCUGGUUGACCAGGCCGGAGUUUCUGUAGCCUGCCUUCAUGCCUUCACCCCCUAACAAAGAGCGGCCGCUUCAAGUCAGCUGCAUCUAGGGCAGCUUGACGUGAGGUCAGAGGUCAUCAGCUUUCACUCACAUAAUCCCCGAGUGUGUGUUAGGCAGCUUCUCAUUUAGUUGCUGGUUAAAGAUGGCACGCAGUAUCUUUUUUUUUUGUUAACAGGCGAAAGUUUAAAAGUAACAGAUGACCUAUCAAGGACAAUCCAGGUUUGAUGUUUUUUCUGGGGAGCUAAUUGUUUUGAGUCCGCUUAGCUGCCACUUGCAUUCACAGAACGUUGUAAAUCCAGUCAGAAAAAGAUUGUGCUUCACGGAUGGUGUCUGAAAUGAGUUCUCACCCAGGGGUGUGCAGUUCGAGAUGGCUAACUUGAAAGACUCGGUACUUCCCUCUAUCAGAUGCUUCUUUUUUGAUGUUUUAGAUCCUCAGUCCCUUUUUACUCCGGUAGAGCUGUUUUUCUCAUGCCAUUUUAUGAAGUAGUCACCACGGCUGACUGAAAAAGAUUCUUUCGUCUUGACCCCAGAGAAAUAGUUUUAGUCAAGCCUGCAGCUGUCCUCACUGGUUCUGUUUAAGGAAGGCAUUGCCUUUGCAUUAUUAAGUGAACCUGUGGAUUGGAAACAAUAACAAAACCCUGAAGCUGCUAUUAAGAGUCUUUAUUCACACACUGAAAGUCCUGGCCUUCAGCAUCCAAGUCCUGCUGGCCUUUCCUCGCCUCUUGGUGUUAAAUUAAGGGUUAGCUGCAAUCACUGGGAAGACAGAAUAUCACAUUGUUUCCAGGAGCCAUGAUGCCUUCUGUAGGCUCCUGUUCUCCAGGGCCUUUCCUGAAAUCACCUGCAGGUCAGAGACCUGGUUAUUUGAACCUUGAACCUUUUGACCAGAGAAGUAUAGUUAACCGCGUACAGGAAGUCAGCUGCUUUAAAUGUCUUAGAUGUCCCCCUAAGCUCUAUGAUCGCAGGUUCGAGCCUGGGUCAUGUGACAAGCGAUUUCUCCAAGCGGUAGCGCACCACCCAGGCAUUAAACAACCAGGCCUCUUUCAGAUGUGCUUGCAGCCGUGUGGUGCUGUCAGUGAGAGACAUGUCUCUCCUCCAAUCAGCACUGCUCCUCCUAUACAGGGCGGGGCUGACUGUGAUGUGUUCAAAGAUGAUUGGCUCAGGUCGGAGGAGUAUGUCUAAACGGCCUCAUUCUCCCUGUGUGCGGUUGUGGGGUUCAUAGCUGUGGGCCUAGAUGUGAAAAACACACAAAAUUGAUAUACUAAAAACACCUGACAAAUUACCGACACCAUUCUAUAUCCGAGGCUCACAUUUUCCCACUUUGGAGCUUCUGUCUUGGGCUUGACACCGACCGGGGGUUUACAGUUGCGUUGGCAAGCUGUCUCCAGUUCUCCCGUGUCCUGUUUUUCCCGUUUGUUGGCUGCCUCUUCACGCUCUGCCAGUUAAGUUGUUGACGUUGUCUCUGCUUCAGAUUUCAUUUGUUUCCUCUAAUCCACUCUUACCUGGCAAGUAUCGCAAAAAUAAUUUAAGUUCGUAGCGAUGUCGUUUAUCCCCCCAAAUCCGGCGACACCAGGCUCUGAGGGCCGUUCUCUGUGAUUUGGUAGCCACAGGUAUCUCCCCGCUUUGAUUCUUGGGCCUCCUGUGCGCGCUAGUGGCUGUGUUUCUGACGGUCCUGUUGCUCACGAGCUCUCGCUGUGUCUCCCUUCAUGUAGCUGAGCCCCGGGGUUCACAUGCGGAGACGAAGCUGAGGCUCCAGAGCGAGGGAGAGGCCGACGGGCAUGGGGGUGUGGGGGGGGGGCGAGAGGGAGUCGGUGGCGUGCUCCAGUAUUAGAAGGCCUUCUCCCCUUACGCCACCGCCAGACCAACCCCACACCCACAAACUCACAGGCACUGUCAGGAUGUCAAGACGAACCCCUCCCCCCUCUCUCUCCACCGCCGCCCAGAAUGAGAAGGGGACUCCUGUUCUUCCUCCUUUGCCCUGUAGGGGUCAGUGCUGUCACUCGGUUAGAGGGUCCUGGGAAUCUGUGUCUUCGUGGUUCCUGAGCUGGGUGCUUCUGCGGAAAUCUUUAGCUACGCCGAGACCGCUUCAUGCUGCAGAGUCUCUGCCUCUUCAGGGCAUUGUUGUUUCUUGCAAAGUGAAUUGGUUGUAAUUUUAUUUUUGUUUGAAUGUGUCUACCGGAGCGAGGAUUAGGAUUAUACUAGCAUAGCAAAGGUUUGUCCUGCUGCUUCAACAAUCUUCCAUUAUUUAGCUGAGUUACGUGCCAAAGUAUGCUGCAUACGUUCAUUUUUUUAUCUCCAAGUAGACUUACUACGGUGUAUGAGGCCUUUCCAAGUGGUAAGACCCAUCUUGUCUUCCUGUAGGGUUCCCUCCUCAAGCUCUUGCCAGCUCUGUGUUUGGACAUAUUUCCUAAUUCUCUUGUGGAGGUGUGGGUGUCUGUUGCAUUGUGUAAUGUCAGGCCCCUCUGUGUGCUGACAGACCCACCAGGUUUCAUCCAGAAGAGGCCAACUGAGUUGA